GGGCAUAAAUCAAUUUUUGUUUACCUUUCCUAGUUAUUAUUUUUAAGCAUAUAAUGUUUUAUUUUGAAUGAAUAUUUAUUAGCGGUAUAACUCAAAGUCAUAAAGAAUUACAAGUUGUUAUACAGGUUACAAAGGUGCCUUCUUUUGCAGCACUCAAUAGCUCAGUUAAUUAAAUGCAUGAUACCAAAUAUUAGUGAGUUACAGCGUGCCCAUAAAAUUUACAAGACAGCUAGCCGCUAGGCGUACAUGAUGACUGAAUAAGAAGACAUGCUUGCUGAAGAAGGAAAUCCCAACAAAUAUCGACCUGUCUUGAAAUCCGACGAUAGUUGAAGGCUAACUUUCAUAACAAGCGCACGCAAUAUUUUAAAUUAAGCAUCCGACAAUGUUGGUUUUUCGCUGCACCCUGGCUCUGUCUCUCGUGGCCACUGCAUUCACCGACUGUCCAGGCUCUCCUUGGAAAGAGUGGAAUGGCCACUGCUAUCGCCUGUCUGCCUCAACCGCCACCUGGCUCGAGAUCCGAGACGUGUGCAAGCAUCCGUUCAAACAGGCUGAUGUUGCCAGCGUUGGCAGCUGGGAGGAAAAUCGUUUCAUCCUCGAGAACAUCCUCAAACAGCAAUCAGCAUGGCUGGGCUUGCGCCUUCGCAAAGAGCGACGUUGCUGGACAGAUAAGUCGCCAGUGAAAUUCAUGCAUUUCAGAAGCAAUGUGCCUUUGGACGACGUCACGGACGCGGUUGUGCAGCUAGCGGGUACUACAGGCCACUGGGAACUGGUCUCCCCCUAUGGGGGCAAAAAGCUUCACGCUGUAUGCAAAAUGCCCUCGUGCGAGUGUAAAGAAGGCUGGGUAAAACAGAAAAACCGCUGCUACAAGCCUAUAAAGUGUCCACUCAGGUGGCUGGACGCCCGUGAACGUUGUCAGCGUAUGGCGCCUAUGGCCGACCUCGCCACAAUCAACAGCAGCUCUGAGAAUGAUUUUCUCGUUAACAUGAUGUCAAACAAAAUGCCGUUCUGGAUCGGGCUGAAUGACCGUGAACAAGAGGGCGAGUACCAGUGGAGUGGCGCAGGCGGCGAGACGACCCCAGCUUACAGGAACUGGGCGGUGUCCGAGCCAAACGGGGCCAGACACACGGAGGAUUGUGUCCAGGUAGGUACAUCAGGACAGUGGAGUGACCAUAAGUGUCAAGACCAGCCCAAGUCCUAUGUUUGCCAGCAGCCCAUGUGUGGCAACAGGGCGCAUCCUCCACAUUCAGGACAAGAAGGUGGAGCGGUGUCUUCCACAGAUGGAGGUUCUCCUCGCUGUCCGAAUGGGUGGAGGCUCGGUGGAAGCAAGUGUUACAGCAAACCCACUAGUCCCGAGUCGUUUGAUCGCGCGGAGGAGUUAUGCAAGGAACAACAUCCACGAUCUCAUAUUGCAAACGUCACAUCUUUGCCAGAAAACGACAAAGUAUUCCUCCAGGCAUCUGGUUCGCUGCCUGUUUGGAUAAGACACUCCGAAAGAGGUUCAAGUAACUGGCAGACGGGCGUCACCGCUGCGUCGUCCGCACGGUGCGCAACACUACAGAGCAGCGGCCAGUGGAGCAGAGAACAGUGCGAUGAGAAGCAUCCCGGGAUAUGCGAAUUAUCAUCAUGUGUCCCAAAGUGCCCCCAACACUGGUACUUAUUUCAAGGUAACUGCUAUUUCAUCAAGGGCAUUGGAACUCUGAAACAUGCGACCGAAUCCUGCGAGAGCGUCGGCGGCCACCUGCCCAGCAUACUGAGCCAAGAUGAGAACGACUUCAUUACUGCUCUGAUAUUUCGCUGGCGUCGCAAUACGAAGCAUGCGAGGACGUCAUGCAGACCUUUCGCCUUCAUCGGCGCUUCACGCGCAGACAAAACGUCUCCGUGGUCGUGGUCGGAUGGCGCAGACUGGGGCACACCGCGUUGGGCCCACGGUGACGGCGAUAGGGGCACAUGCGCUGCGUUAAACUCCGAAGGACGGUGGAAGAGCUUCGACUGUGAGGCCUACAAGUUGAUGUUUUUGUGCAAGAAGGACCCGUGCCGAGAUCAGUUUGGACCAUUGCAUAGUCCCAACCGCGACACUUCUAGCCACUUAACGACCCAUCCUGUAGAAACGUUGACCACUGCGGCUCCACGACCCAAACCGAAGAUAUGUCCAAAUGACGGCAGGCAUUGGCAUGAGGAAAGCGGCGUAUGUCUGGCGUCCUUCACGUCAAGUCCUUCCACAUUUACGAGCGCUUUUAAGACGUGCACCUACAAGAAGGACGGGUUCGCCGUAUCGCUGCCGGUGGUGAGGUUCAAGGACACGCUGGAGGCGCUGCUGAAGCUGACGGGAGGUCGCGACGUCUGGGUGGGGCUCACGCGCCGGUACACGUCCGUCUGGUACUGGCACGACGUGGUGAGGGCGACCGACCUCCAGUGGCAGCUGAAGCCCACUGCCGACACACGGUGCACCUCUAUAGAUGGCGACAUGGGCGGUCUGGUUGCGCGCAGGUGCUCAGACAAACUAAUAUUCUUCUGCGAGGCGAGACGUCUGCCGAAUUGAAUGAAUUAUUAUUUCGUCAUAAAUUGUAUUGGCAACGUUUGAGCCAAGUUAAAUAACAUGUUGUGCCUAAUUAACCAUUACAACUUUUCUCUUUCA